AAGGCGUGUCCACAUACUUUCUGGCCAUGUAGUGUAGAUAGUCAUGGCAGUGGCACAAUACAUUUGCGUAAAAUAACUGUUUCAUGGCAGGGUUAACCCAUGUGUCCAUCUUGUUUCAGGAGUACACCAUAGACAUCUUCUUUGCCCAGACGUGGUAUGACAGUCGCCUCAAGUUCAACAGCUCCAUGAAAGUCCUGAUGCUCAACAGCAAUAUGGUGGGAAAGAUCUGGAUUCCUGACACCUUCUUUCGGAAUUCAAGAAAGUCUGACGCCCACUGGUUCACCACUCCAAACAGUCCGCUGCGAUUGUGGAACAACGGGAGAGUGAUGUACACGCUGAGGUUGACUAUUAAUGCGGAAUGCUACCUUAAGCUGCAUAACUUUCCUAUGGACGAGCACUCGUGUCCGCUGGAGUUUUCGAGCUAUGGCUAUCCUAAAAAUGAGAUUCUGUACCGUUGGCAAAAGCGUUCUGUGGAAGUGGCCGACCAAAGGUACUGGAGACUCUACCAGUUUGCUUUCGUCGGUUUACGAAACACAUCAGACGUGGCACAUACACAGUCAGGUGAAUAUGUUAUCUUGACAAUAUUUUUUGACCUGAGUCGGCGAAUGGGCUACUUUACUAUUCAGACGUACAUCCCCUGUAGCAUGAUCGUGGUGCUGUCAUGGGUCUCUUUCUGGAUCAACAAAGAUGCUGUCCCCGCCAGGACCUCUUUAGGAAUCACCACAGUGCUUACAAUGACAACGCUGAGCACCAUCUCAAGGAAGUCACUUCCCAAGGUAUCCUAUGUGACGGCGAUGGACCUGUUUGUGUCUGUCUGCUUCAUCUUCACGUUUGCUGCUCUGAUGGAGUAUGGGACUCUACACUACUUCACCAGCAACAGGCAGAACAAGAAGGAUAAGGACACACAUUCUCAGCAGAAAUACAGCCGCAUGGUGAACAUUAGGCCAGUGACGCCACUGCUCCAGAUGAAUAACAUCGGCCCCUACCAAGACGAGGAUGUUUACGCCUAUGAGUGUUUGGAUGGGAAGGGCUGCACCAGCUGCUUUGACGACUGUCGCUCUGGAGCCUGGCGCAAAAACCGGAUGCAUGUCCGAGUCUCGAAGAUCGAUUCCUACUCACGGAUAUUCUUCCCCACCGCCUUUGGGUUUUUCAACCUGGUCUACUGGAUCGGGUAUCUGUACUUAUAAAAUAAAUUGAGUUUAGCAAAGAGGAGCAAUAGCCUUUUACUUCAGAGAAAACAGGUCAAAGUGUUUGUUGAUUGUCUUUACUUGGCACUGUUGACGAUAAGACUGGAGGGUGUAGUUCUUUGCACUUUGAAGCCAGUGAAUAAUUUGAAGCCAGUAAAAUUGCUUCUUCUCAUCAAUAUUUGAACAGCUCCAAUGUUUGUACCUGUACUAUAUUUCUAGGUAAUAGCUCACAGAUGAAGGCAGCAGGGUCGAACAAGGCCAGACUCUGGGUCAUAGGCCUACCUAGGGUUUCAAAGGUACCAGUAAUUUACCAAAGUUACCGGAAUCUUCUGUAAUUUUGGUAAUUAACAGAAAAUCUAUGGCAAUCUAUCGUAACUUUGGUAAUUUAUACUUGGAUAACUUAAAUUUGUUUUAUUUAAUAUUCAUUUAUUAUAUCUGUGUCCAUGAGUUUAGUAGAUAUACCAUAUGUCACACCCUGAUCUGUUUCACCUGUCCUUGUGAUUGUCUCCACCCCCCUCCAGGUGUUUCCCAUCUUCCCCAUUAUCCCCUGUGUAACCUGUGUUCUGUUUGUCCGUUGCCAGUUCGUCUUGUUUGUCAAGUCAAACAGCGUUUUGUUUCUCAGCGCCUGCUUUGUCCCCAGUCUCUCUUUUCUCGCCCUCCUGGUUUUGACCCUUGCCUGUCCUGACUCUGAGCCCGCCUGCCUGACCACUCUGGCUGUUCCUGACCCUGAGCCUGCCUGCCGUCCGGUACCGUUGCC